GGUGUUUAUAAAAGGGACCCUUGUCCUGGCUCCCGCCGGCGGGCUUGAGCUUGAGCUUUAUUUGCCGCUCGAUCUCCUGCGCUGUUUGCCGCCGCGCGCCACCGCGCGUGAACGAAUCUCUUUCUCCUCCCUCCGGCCUUCCAAGGUUAUAUUAUAUAUCGUCAUCCAUUCCAUUCCACACGGGCUAGAAGGACGCCCGCCGGCGACCCCGUCCGGCCGUGUGUGUCGAUGGCCGGCACCACCGUGUGCUCCAUGUGCGGCGACGUCGGGUUCCCCGACAAGCUCUUCCGCUGCGCCCGCUGUCGCCGCCGCUUCCAGCACUCAUACUGCACUAACUACUAUGGCGACGCGGCGCCGGCCGAGGCGGGCGCCGGCGUGUGCGACUGGUGCCUCAGCGUCAGCGGCGACGUCGUCGGCGGGAAGAAGCGGCAGUACUCUUCGGUGUCGGGACACGGCAAGCAGCAGCAGCAGCAGCAGCAGCGUCUGCAGGUGGAAGAAGAAGAAGCAGGCAGGAGCAUGCAGCAGCCGGCGUCGUCGUUCGCGUCCAGCGGGUGCAGCAAGGGCGCCGGCAAGGUCACCGGCGGCAGCGAGCACGCCGAGGGUGGCCGGAGGCCCCGCAGGUACAAGCUCCUCAAGGACGUGAUGUGCUAGCUAGCGAGCCGGCGGCCGGCCGGCUAGCUAUUAGCUUAAUUAGGUGCUCGUACGACGUCGUUGUACUAUGUACAAAAACAAUGCUUGCUAAUUACGUAGUAGAUAGCAGGUAAAACUAGAUUGUUACUGCUAGUAGCUAGAUGCUUUAAUUAGUUCCAUCUUUUAAUCAUCCUCUUUGUACGAGCGAUCGAGAGUGUUAUUUGCGUGCUGUGUUUGAGACGCUGUUGGCUAUUUAUUAUGCAUGCAUAUGCAUGUGCAUAAGCUAAGCUGCUGCCCUUGUCGAGCUAGACUUUUGUUGU